UCCCAUGAGCCUUGCCUUCUCUGAACUAGUCAGCUGAAAGAAUUUUUGACUUGAUAGCAAAGAAUCAGAACCCGCGAUUCCUCAGUUUGUUUUGAGUGGUUGGGCAACGGCUCUGAGCUGCUCUCGCUGCUGCAAGAGCACAUUUUUCUCUCAGACUUUAAUAAAAUAAAUGAAUGGAGGCGAGGACUGGGAAACAUACUUGGAGGGAGUGGCCCCAUCACAGUGGAAGCCAAGAUGAAAACUGGGAUGAGGACCAGCUGCUUGGUUUUGAACCAUGCAAUGAAAAUCUUAUCUCUGGCUGCAAUAUCAUCAAUGGGAAAUGUGAAUGCGACACUGUUCGGACCUGCAACAAUCCCUUCGAGUUUCUACGGAAGGAUAUGUGCCUUUCAGCUCUCAAGAGAAUUGAAGAAGAGAAGCCAGAUUGCUCCAAGGCUCGCUGUGAAGUCCAGUUCUCUCCACGUUGCCCUGAAGAUUCCGUUCUGAUCGAGGGUUACGCUCCUCCCGGGGAGUGCUGCCCCUUACCCAGCCGCUGCGUGUGUGACCCUGCGGGCUGCCUGCGCAAAGUCUGCCAGCCGGGAUACCUGAACAUUAUAGUGUCCAAAGCCUCAGGGAAGCCGGGAGAGUGUUGUGACCUCUAUGAGUGCAAACCAGUUUUCAGCGUGGACUGCAGCACCGUGGAGUGCCCCUCCGUUCAGCAGGCCGUGUGCCCCCUGGAUAGCUACGAAACUCAAGUUAGACUCACGGCCGAUGGGUGCUGCACCCUGCCAACAAGAUGCGAGUGUCUCUCUGGCUUAUGUGGUUUCCCCGUGUGUGAGGUGGGAGCCACUCCCCGCAUAGUCUCUCGUGGAGAUGGGACACCCGGAAAGUGCUGUGAUGUCUUUGAAUGUGUUAAUGAAACAAAGCCAGCCUGUGUGUACAACAAUGUGGAAUACUACGAUGGAGACAUGUUCCGAAUGGACAACUGUCGAUUCUGCCGAUGCCAAGGGGGUGUUUCCAUCUGCUUCACUGCCCAGUGUGGCGAGGUCAACUGCGAGAGGUACUACGUGCCAGAAGGGGAAUGCUGCCCUGUUUGUGAAGAUCCAGUGUAUCCUUUUAAUAAGCCCGCUGGCUGCUUUGCCAGUGAACAGAUCCGCGCCCACGGCGACCGAUGGCGGGAGGACGACUGCACGUUCUGCCAGUGCAUCAAUGGGGAGUCCCACUGCGUGGCGACCGCCUGCGGACAGAGCUGCAUGAACCCCGUCAAGGUGCCUGGGGAGUGCUGCCCGGUGUGCGAAGAACCAACCUACAUCACAAUUGAUCCACCUGCCUGUGGGGAGCUAUCAAACUGCACCCUGACAGAGAAGGACUGCACUUACGGCUUCAAACUUGAUCACAAUGGUUGUCGAAUCUGUCAUUGCAAAAACAGGCAGGAGCUGUGCACCAGCCUCAAGCAAGGGUGUACCUUGGAUUGUCCCUUUGGCUUCCAAACUGAUUCCCACAACUGUGAGAUCUGCCUGUGCCGCCCACGGCCAAAGAAGUGCAAGCCCGUGAUCUGUGACAAGCACUGUCCAUUGGGAUACCUGAAGAAUAAGCACGGCUGUGACAUCUGCCGCUGUAGGAAGUGUCCGGAGCCCCCAUGCAGUAAGAUCUGCCCCUUGGGUUUCCAGCAGGACAGCCACGGCUGUGUUCUCUGCAAGUGCAGAGAGGUCCCUGCUUCCGCCGGGCCACCUGUCCUGUCAGGCACAUGUCUGUCCAUGGAUGGCCAUCAUCAUAAAAAUGAGGAGAGCUGGCAUGACGGGUGCCGGGAGUGCUACUGUCACAAUGGACGGGAAAUGUGUGCCCUGAUCACCUGCUCGGUGCCUGCCUGUGGCAACCCCACCAUUCAUCCUGGACAGUGCUGCCCGUCAUGUUCAGAUGUGCCUCUUCAGCCUCCCGCAUCCCGUAAUGACAGCGUGCCUAGUUACUGCAAGAAUGAUGAGGGGGAUAUAUUCCUGGCAGCUGAGUCCUGGAAGCCUGACGUGUGUACCAGCUGCGUGUGCAUGGAUAGCAUAAUUAGCUGUUACUCGGAGUCUUGCCCAUCAGUAUCCUGUGAAAGACCUGUUUUGAGAAAAGGCCAGUGCUGUCCAUACUGCAUAGAAGACACGAUCCCAAAGAAGGUGGUGUGCCACUUCAGCGGGAAGGCCUACGCUGACGAGGAGCGCUGGGACCUGGACAGCUGCACACACUGCUACUGCCUGCAGGGCCAGACCCUCUGCUCAACCGUCAGCUGCCCCUCUCUGCCCUGCGUUGAGCCCAUCAAUGUGGAGGGCAGUUGCUGCCCGAUGUGCCCAGAAAUGUAUGUCCCAGAACCAACCAAUGUACCCAUUGAGAAGACCCAUCACCGUGGAGAGAUUGAACUGCAGGCCCCCAUGUGGCCAACGUCUAGUGAGAAUGACAUCGUCCACCUCCCGAGAGACAUGGGUCACCUCCAGGUGGAUUACAGAGAGAACAACAGGCUGCCCCAAAGUGGAGACUCGGCGCUCGACUCCAUCACCUCGGUCGUGGUCCCCGUCAUCAUCUGCCUUUCCCUUAUCGUCGCCUUUCUGCUCGUCAACCAGAAGAAACAGUGGGUACCGCUGCUCUGCUGGUAUCGGACACCAACCAAGCCUUCUUCCUUCAAUAACCAGCUGGUAUCGGUGGACUGCAAGAAAGGAACCCGAGUCCAGGUGGACAGUUCCCAGAGAAUGCUGAGAAUCGCUGAGCCUGAUGCACGAUUCAGUGGCUUCUACAGCAUGCAGAAACAGAACCAGCUACAGGCAGACAAUUUCUACCAGACGGUGUGAAGAAGGGCCGAGAUGAGACCUGCGAGACAGAAAACGGCGAAAUCUGCUCUUAAAAGUAAACUAGGGAUUGUGCACUUGCUUAGUGGACUGUGUGGGAUAGUGACUUGAUGUGAUGCGCGGAGGCCUCCCUGGGAUGGGCGCGGUCAAUGGCAACGUGCAGAACAAGCAUUCCCACUCUCCCGCAAGAUAACUUGACCAAGUGUUUUCUUAGAACCAAAGUUUUUAAAGUUGCUCAGAUAUAUUUGCCUGUAAUAUAGCUGUAGAGAUAUUUGGGGAGGGGGACAGUGGAGUUUGGUUGGGGAAACGGGUGGGCGGGUGGUGUUGGGAAGAAAUUGGUCAGCUUGGCUCGGGGAGAAAUCCAGGAAAGGAAAAGCAGCUCGCUGGCCCAGCACCCGAGGGUGGGUCUUUCCCUGCUGCUUCCAAGUCGUAGGGGUUGCUGCCGAGUGCGGCCCUGGACCAGCAGGAGACGCACGCACACGCAGGGCUGGCCUUCCAGCCGCCACAACCACCUGAGGGGAGGCGCCGCGCACCAGAACCUCCCAAUAGCCAUCCCAGGGCUAAAGCCACAGGUUUCUUUGCUCUACAGGCAUGACUGCAGUUGGCAGUGAGGAAGCAAGGGAAAUGCAAGAGCAAAAUUUCCCGAAAGCGGGUUCUUAGGAAUAUAGUUAUACUUUUUGCUGCUUUUUGUUUCAUUUUUGUUUUCAUUCCAAGCCAAUCAGCCAGUUCCUAGCAGGGUCAGCCAAUGAAUGCGAGCCGGCAGUCACUUCUCCAGGUGGGCGCCGGUGCUCUGCUCUCCGCAGUGGGGCAGGGAGGCGGGAGUCCUGGGGCUUCCGUCCUCCAUGCGUGUUGUUGCUUUGUUCUCUCCUCAUGGUGGUUGUUCAGAGUUUUUAUGGAAGCUCUAGCUUACGAAGAAACUUAAAAAAAAAAAAAGACUGGGGUUUUUUUUUUCCUUAUUAUAUACUGAUUCUACAAAAUAGAAACUACUUCAUUUUAAUUGUGUAUUAUUAAAGCACCUUUGUUGAAGCUCGAAAAAAAAUGAUGCCUCUUUAAACUUUAGCAAUUAUAGGAAUAUUUAUGUAACUAUGUUAUGCUUCAGAAAAGCAAAAGUAUUUGUGUGUGUGCAUAUAUGUACACAUAUAUACACACACAUCUAUAUUUAUACACACACAAUUUUAUGUUUUCCUGUUGAAUGUAUUUUUAUGAGAUUUUAACCAGAACAGAGAGAACCAGGCAUUCCAUGACCAAGGCUUUCACAGAUUUUCGCGGAACACCUGCAGUGUGAUCAGAAAGGUGUGGGAGAGUGGUGGUAUAAAUACAUAUCAGAGCACACUCACCUCCAGCUCGGUGUGUCUGUGCGUGCCCACGCACACGCCUUAAGCAGCACGGCGCCUGCUCUAGAGAAGGUAGUACGUUAUUCAGUCCUGCCUCACUUGGCUUCCCUUUCAGUUGGUUUUCAAUUCACUCACUGGCCAGAGACAUUUUGUUUUUUUCCAAACAACUGUUUGAAACUACUGGAAUAUCAUCCACAGUAAAAGCUGGAAGUUUGUUUGCCUCAAGUUUCACUCUGACUGUGUAUUAUAAACUUUCCAAACAGCUCUCAGCACUUUUAUACUGAUUACCCAUUUGUGCAUUGAUUUUUCUUUUUAAAAAAUGCUUGUUGUGAAAGACACAGAUACCCAGUAUGCUUAAUGUGAAAAGAAAAUGUGUUCUGUUUUGUAAAGGAACUUUCAAGUAUUGUUGUAAAUACUUGGACAGAGGUUGCUGAACUUUAAAAAAAAUUAAUUUAUUACUAUAAUGACCUAAUUUAUUAAUCUGAAGAUUAACCAUUUUUUUUUGUCUUAGAAUAUCAAAAGAAAAAGAAAAAGGUGUUCUAGCUGUUUGCUUCAAAGGAGAAAAAGAUUUAUUAUCAAGGGGCAAUAUUUUUACCUAUUUCCAAAAUAAAAUUUGUUGGUAUGUUACCAAAAUAGAUUUACAUCAGCCUGAUUAGUAUAAAAUUUUGUUGACAAUUAACCCAUUCCUGACAUAAAAAGUCUGUAUCCAAAAAGGUGUAAAUGCUUGCUUUUUGUUUUUCAAAAAUCAUGGCCGUAUUAUGAAAAUACUAACAGGACAUAGGACAAGGUGUAAAUUUUUUUUUAAAGAUAUGAUUUAUUCUGAGUGCUGUAUCUAUUACUCUGACUUUGGUUCCUGUUGUGCUCUUGUAAAAGAAGAACAAAUAUAAUUUCCUGAAAAAUAAAAUUGAUCUAUGGCACUUGGAGUGCAGUUCAGUU